UAAACUGUUUUUGUGAUAACUUCUUUUUUGCUAGAAAAUGAUAAUAACACCAGCUACCCCAAAUAAACUAUAAAAACUUGACAGAAAAAAUAAUGCAAAAAGUAAAAGUUGGCAAAGGGAAGAUUUCUGGUAACCUUUGGACACGAAAACCAAAUCCAGAUAAGCAUGGUUGUUUUAUCGAAGUUUGUAACAUGGCAGUCAGUGACAGACAGGGCAAAUUUGUGAAGUGCUCCUUCAGUCCUUGUGGUGAGCAGAUUGUGAUCGCAGACCAACUUGGUCACUUGUACAUUCUGGAUCUUCACAAAAACAGGUACACGUUGCUACAUAAAGGAACAAAGUACUGUACUGCUAUAGACUUUCCAACUCUGAACUUCGUUGUUGUUGCCUAUGCUGACUGCUCUGUUAAAGUGAUUGACUCUGGUUCACACGAGGUUGUUGGAGAUUUGAGUCUCCAGAAAACUGUUGUUACUUCCCUAAAACACCACGAGGGUGGCAGAUACAUUCUCACUUGCUCAUCAGAAACAGGAGCUUUGUGGGACCUCCAAACUUACAGAAAACGAAUGCUGUCGGGAGCCAGUGUCGCUGGUCUCAAGGAGCUGUUGUUUGUUCCGAAGAGUAACAUCCUACUGACCUGUUUCCGUGACGACAGUAUAUUUGCCUGGGACUGUGAAUCUUUGGAGCACCUCUACACUUUACACAAACAGCCCGGGGAACAACCAGCCUUCAACUGUUUCUCUACUACCGCUAGUGGAGAGUUCCUUAUUGCUGGUGGAAGGUCACGCUACUUGCACGUGUGGAGGUUACAAGACCAGAAGUUGCACCACAUAGUUGAACUUCCCGAGCGAGUCAAGUCUGUGAAGCAGCUUAUUGCUGUUGAACAAAUAUUCGAUCAGCAUAACAACACGGUGUUCGGAGCUCUCUCCCAAGACGGUAUCCUCCGGUUUAUCAGUCUCAACACCUACAAGAUAGUGUUCACAGUUGGAGGACCUGAUACUGUUAUAAACCACGUGUCUAUUAGUCCUAAUGCUAAACAUCUUGCUGUUAUACUGGAUUCUGGUUCUUGUCAGUUACUGAGUGUUAAAGCCCUGACAAAGAGUCUGAACGUAGCUCCAGCACCUCUAGUAAGAGCAGUCAGUGUUCCUGCUAAAGAAGUUAAGUUGACAGUCGGCGAGAAAGCCACUCCGAGGAGACGAUGUUUUCAGGACAGCGAUAUUAACUUGAUAUCGAAGCUAGACAAAAAGAAGCUGAAGAAGAUACUGAAAGGAUACGGAGAAUAUCCUGAGAAAUAUCGUCAUUUCAUCUGGCGACUCCUUCUCAAGAUUCCAGAAAACACAGAGGCGUACGGAGUGCUACUGGACAAAGGAACUCAUCCAGCAUUCAAAAACUUACAGCAAGUUUGCCCUGUCAAAUCUGCCAAACUUCUCAGAGUCCUUCAAAAGGUAUUAUCCUGUAUGGGACACUGGUCCAGUAUCUUCAGUAUCUCCGACUUCCUUCCAAUGUUAGCUUUCCCCUUCGUCAAGAUGUUCCAAAACAACCACCUCGUAGCUUUUGAAGUCAUCGCUACUUUCGUUUUAUCAUGGUGUCAAGGAUGGUACGACUACUUCCCUCACCCCCCUGUAAACAUUCUAACCUGUGUUGAGAACUUGCUGAAUCACUACGACACCAAACUGCUUCAACAUCUUACUCAAUGCGACGUGUCUGCCAAGGUUUACUGCUGGCCACUGUUGUACACUGUAUUCUCAGAAGUUCUCUCUGCUCAGGAGUGGAUGGUACUUAUGGAUCACAUUGUGUCUAACCCUCCUGGUUACUUGCUCUGUCUGGUUGUCGUGUAUUUGAACUGUAGCAGACAAGUCCUGUUAAAUUGCACUGAAAUCAAGGACUUUGAGUUUUACUUUCACAACCGGAACAGAAUCCUGAUAUCCCGGCUGGUUUCAAACGCUUACACUCUGUGGGAAACAUGCCCUUCUGAGAUACACCCUCGCUCCUUCAUAAAACCUAUCACCCCACUGGUAGCAGGAGAUUACCCUAUAUUUAACAACUAUCCUGAGAAAGUAGUGGAUUAUCAGCUAAAGGAACGAGAGAGGAUUCACAAUGAUGAAUUAGAAUACAUCAAACAGAGGCAGUUAGCGGAGGAGCUGAAGUCGCACACAGCCCACCUGCAGCAACAGGAGGAAGUGUGGAGGAGGGAACAACAGUUAUUGUCUGAGGCUGAACAACAGAGGCGUAAGAUACUGCUAGCUGAGGAGAACAAACUUACCGAACAACGUAUCAGGUUGCAGGCAAUGAAGAGGGAACUGCGACUUAGGGAGGUUCAGGUAUUGGACUCUGCCCGCAAGAACUUUAUAGAAACUGCAGAGAAUGAUCACAAGGAAAAACUUGUUUUACUGGAAGAGGAGAUCAAGAAGAAAGCUUUGUUAAGAGAUUUGGAAACGAAAGGAGCACUGGAAGAAGUAGCUUUGAAAGAACUAGAAAUGGAAACUCAGAAGGGAUUUCUGCAACAGGAACUUGCCAGAGAACUUUACGUUACAAACAAGAAGGAAGAGGCUUUAUCAGCUAAUCAAAGAGAAAGAAGUGAAUUACUCAGAAGAAAACAUGAUCUAGAUGGCGAUAUCAUUGAGGAUAGGGCCACUAUCAGAGUCCAGGGAGCCCAACACGAUUUGGCGAGGAGUGCAGUGAAAACCAUGUCUUUGAAGCAUGGUCGAGACGAAGAGAGAGCCCGACAUAUUAACGCUAUUUACACUGAAAUAGCGCUUAAUAAUGUGCGACAAAAAGAAGCUAGAGAUCAAACGGAGAAAGAAAAAUUGGAAACAGCUCUGAAGGAUGUUACAAGGGAUAUGCACGCGGAAAUGCAGUAUCAGCGGGCAGCCAUUGAGCAGCAACGCUUGGAGACCUUGUCAACCGAGAAGAGGGUCGAAGGACUCUACGGUGAAAUCCAGCAACUCCGAGGUGCAAGUGAUGAUAAGGAGAAUGCUGAACAGGGUAACACAGUGGUGCUGAACAAGAGACGAGAGAGUUUGGACCGGCGACAAGCUGACGUGUUGAGGCAUGUCAGAGACCUCAGACACAAGAUAACGGAGGACAAUCGCUCCGAACAGAGCACUCUCUCUUCGGCUACUCGAUCAGUAAACUCUAGUGUGGGAUGAUGGGGCAUUGCAAGACUAGUUGUUAACAACUAUUUAAGAUUACUCAGGCGUAAUCGGUUGGUGAAACCCAAUGACUUCAUCUUCAGAUAAAACAGCUGCAUAUCUGCGAUAUUUCACGCCAUGGCCGAAUUAUAUUGCAAAUAAGCGCGGGAAGUAUGCGCCCUCUGUUGAAAAUCUAAUGAGAUUUUAUUAUUUCCGUUGGUAUAUCUUUGGCUAAUAAACAUGUCGAGUAAACUGUAAUAGAAGGUUAUAUCUUAAUGUCAUCAUAUCUUACAAUGACUUGUAAGCGUUGUUAAUAUUAUGUUUUAAGCCGUGCUUCAUAUGUCUCCUUGACACUUGAUGAUGACUAAUGAGUGGUGACGCAUUUUUAGUCUACGUUAUGUCUCAUAACUUUUAAUUUCUACUCGUUGCUUUUGAAAGUUUUUGAAUUUCAUAAGUAAACAUUGGUUCUUUAGUCAUAACCUCAACUUCCUGUGUGCACGAUAUUGUGACAUCAGCAUUAUUUUUCAACCUGCUAGGGUGUGCUAUGCAAGUAUGUCAUAUCAAUGCGAGGAAAAAGUAGGUAGCACAAUUAUGAUGUAGGUGUUGUAAUACAAGAUUUGCACUAGGUAUGGGAAUAAUAACUGCAGACAGGCCGGUAACAGUUAGUGACGAUUGGAAAAAUGCAUUAACUUACCAGAACUUGACGUUCGAUUUUGGGAUAUAAUAGAUAUUCUAAUAUCGCGCCACGCAUGUAUGAAACCACAAAGAAAUAAGAAUGUGCUUCCCAUUAAUUUUGCUAGGCCGGUCAUACCAAAGUAUGGAAAGCUGUGUUCGAUGUAAAGAAUAUAUUAUUUCUGCGGUAUUUAUAUUCGUUCCUUUAUGUUCUGUUUAUGUGAAUUUUGUUUUUGCUGAAAAUAGCAACCAUCUGCACGUUGUAUCAGUUUGAAUUUUUAGGGGGAUUUGAAAGAGAUUUCUUAUUUCCAGCAACAUAUACCAUGAGAUUUAUUUCGCUUUCUUAGUAAACGUUUUCGGUUUGACACAAAUCAGCAGAUUUAACUGUAACGUCUGUAAUGAUGUCGACUUUUAAUUGUUCUACAGUCAGC